GAGAGAGAGAUUCCCUUAGGAUUUACUUUGCCGGGCCUCUUUCUCAGAGGACAUUUUAGAACUCUUUUUUUGAGGGCUGCUCCUUUAUAAAAGCCGAAGCAGGCGCUUUCUCGUCAUGAAGCAAGCCUGGGACAAGGGAGUUUUUGACGGUAACAUCGAAAAUAUCAAAAAUGGACAAACGCAAAGUUCUGGCCAAAUCCCUUCGGGGCCUUCUGGAGUAAACGUUGCUACUGAGCACAAAGCAAGUGCCAAUCCAUCAGAUCACCCCGAGAAGAAGCCUCUCCCAGCUGGCAGUCAACCGAGCGGGGGUAACCACAACCCCUUGCUGCUGAGCCCGGCCAGCCUUCAGCUCGCCCAGCUACAAGCCCAGCUCACCCUCCAUCGGCUCAAGUUGGCCCAGACGGCUGUGAGCAACAACACUGCGGCUGCGGCCUCUGUCCUGAACCAGGUGCUCUCCAAUGUGGCUAUGUCCCAGCCCCUGUUCAACCAGCUGAGGACUCCUGCCAUGGUCAGUACCCCCCAUGGCCAUGCUGGUGGUACCCAGCUGUGCCCAGGCUUCACUCCGAACACACUGGCCUUUACACCUCAGGGCUCACCCUUGGGAAGUUUGGCUUGCAGCGGUGGCUUUAAGGCUGGAGCCCCCGGGGGCAUCAGGUUCAGCCACUUUGGAGGCCAGCAGAUCUUGGAGUACAGCAAGAAACCGGGCCCAUCAGCUGGCCCAACAUUUUCCUCUGAAACUGACAGACGUUGCCAGUAUGGCUUUCCCAGUGGGACAUCUGUUUCCGGAAGCAAACCCAACGAUAACCACUUCGUGCCCCUCAGCACACAGGCUAAGGGAGGGAACCCGAGUGGGUUUAAGAGGGAUUUCUUUGGCCCGGAUGGUCGGGGUCCCCAGAGCGGUUUUGCUGGGGAGCACAACGUGGACUCUUUCCAGUCAGGCGGCCGCAUGUGGCAAAACGCGGCCAGCUUCUCCCAGGCAGGGAAGCUGGACGCGGCCCAGAACACAGGCGCUGUGUGGACAAGCGGCAGCCAGCAGUUCCUUUCUAGGGGAGAGCUGUACAACCCGGAGGAGCCCACCCCCGACCCCAGGUCUAACCCUGUUGGUGGGUCGGGUUUUGGCUCGGGCACCCAGGGGAUUGUGGGAUACCAGCCAGGGGAAGACGCUGUUCCAGGAGUACCGGUGCCUUUGCAGCCACACCAACUCAAUGAUUUCCAUGACGUGCCACCAGCACAUCUGCCGCACCAGUGCACCAUCUGUGACAAGAAGGUCUAUAACCUCAAGGACUGGGACCAGCACGUGAAAGGGAAGCUCCAUCUGCAGAAUCGCUCGCUCUACUCGGAAGGCUCAGCUGUCGGAUCUGCUCACUUCCCUGCAUCUUCAGAAGGAUGUCUGAGUUCUUCGGUGAAUAGCCCCAUGGUAUAUUCCACUGCUGCCAGUCAAGAUGUUUCUACAGGACCUAAUUCUAGUUACUUUACCGGAGCACCUAUGAAGACCCAUCCUGCACCAGGAGCAGGAUAUCCACUGCCGCAGGCAGGGUCAAAGUUCGCUCCCAGGAACAAUGUCCCAGGUCGAGUUGUUCACAUCUGUAAUCUACCAGAGGGCAGCUGCACAGAGAAUGAUGUCAUCAAUCUGGGACUUCCGUUUGGCAAAGUCACCAACUACAUCCUCAUGCGGUCCACUCACCAGGCCUUUUUGGAAAUGGCCUAUGUGGAGGCAGCUCAGGCAAUGGUUCAGUUCUACCAGCUACAGCCUGCCAUGAUCAAUGAACAGAAACUGCUGAUCCGAAUGUCAAAACGAUACAAGGAGCUACAACUCAAGAAACCAGGGAAGGAUGUAGAGGCCAUUAUCCAAGACAUCAAUUCUCAGAGGGAAAGAGAAGAAAUGCAGGGGCUUGAAUGCUACCCGCCUGAACGAGCAAGGUCCCGAAGCCCCAUCAGUCGCUCUUUGAGUCCCCGCUCCCACAGCCCUAGCUUCACGUCCUGCAGCUCGGCGCACAGCCCGUCGGUGCCCAGCCGCGCGGACUGGGACAAUGGCCUUGGUCCUAGGCGCGGCUCCUGGGACCGGUCAUCCCACGUGCGGCAGGAAGAGGAGCGUGACGGGGCCAACUGGCGGAAUGGGGAUGAGGAAAGGCCGAAUGGCAGACUUCCGGAGAGGAGGAAGCUGUACCACAAGCUGGUGGACAGGUCGAGCCCCAUGUUGGCAGAGGACUGGACAGAGGGCAUGAGAGGAAGCAGGAACUGGGGGAGAGACUACCCCAGGGGCAGUCCUCAGGGGCUCCCCUUCUCCUCAUACAGAAACAAGGAGGAGGAUUUUUACAGGAAGGACCCCGUCUACAAGUCAGACAAGACCCUAAGGUCACCCCACCAACGUUAUGAAGUGCCAAAGCUGAAGAAGAAGGAAGCGGCAGAACAUCACAGGUCCCGACACAUGGAAACGGAGGCACCGGAGGAUCUUGGAGCAACAAGGACACCUGAGGACAGAAAACAGCCUCCAUCUGCUAAGGGGAAGAACAAGAAGUCUACACAGAAGCAGAAAGUGGAGAAGGAUGAUAAGAAAUUAGAAACUCAGGGAGACACAGAAUUGCACUCAAAGGACAACUCGGAAUCUCUACCUCGGGAUGAAAGCGAAAAGGAGAAAGAAAGUGGGGCAGAGGAAUGUGGCAGCGGAGACGAGAAGGAGGAGUUUUGGUAUCCCAAAAACAUGGAGGAGCUGGUGACAGUGGACGAAGUAGGUGAGGAAGAUGACGGCACGGUGGAGCCGGACCUUCCAGACCUUCGAGAAGAGGGUGUGGCGCAGGGAGCAGCCGAGGAGGAAGCAACUCGGACGGCAACCGCUGAGGACUCCGAGAAGAGGGAGAUCCCGAAAGAGGCAGCUCAGGCAGAUGAGACAAUAGAAUCGCAAGAGAGUAUUCUGGAGACACCGUCCAACGCAAGUCCAAAAAAUUCACACCCGGAUUCAGCGGCACAAGGGCAGCCUGCCUCCGGUCUCAGUGACUUUGCCAGCCAGGAGAUCCAGGCUGCAAUCGAUGGGACACUCAGUUGCAAGGAUACAGACAAGGCUGCUGUUCCUUCCACACAGGUGUGUGUCCCUAGUCACACGGGGGUAGGCAAAGGUGACCAACCUGCGGACACACUCAGCAGUGCUGGAACGGGACUGCCGGCGGAGGCUCUUGAAGCAGGAAAUGUUGAAACUCCAUGCAAGGAUGAAAAGCCAAAGAAAGAUGCCCAGAACACAUCACAAAGUCGGGGAUCUGAUCAGCCGGAGGUGGGAAUAAAGGUAUCGUGGGAACAAGACAAAGUUUUCAACGAGCACAGCAUACCAUUGGGAGUGGAAUUCAUCGUGCCCAGGAGCGGGUUUUACUGCAAGCUCUGUGAUCUGUUCUACACAAGUGAGGAGACGGCCAAAACGUCCCACUGCAGGAGCACAGUUCACUAUAGGAACCUGCAGAAAUAUCUGUCCCAGUUAGCUGAACAGAGCCUGCUCGGCCUGGACAUGGGUCCUUCCAGCGCCAAGUGAAGCGCCGCGUGGACGAGAGCUCGCUGCCAGCGCUUUAGGCUGGAGUCUACUUGCAGGAAGCUCCGAACUGCGUGCGGACAUCGCAAUGCGGACGCAGGACGCGAUGACAUCGUGCCGCAGCCCUGGUUUCAUGGACUCAAUCUCCGCCGAUGAAACGAAAAACAAAGGAGGUCCGCACGUGAGACGUAGUCGCUCGGCUUCUACGAUGCGUUUGCCUAACCCCCAACGUGAGGAUCCGCGCGUGUCCGAACCCGAGAGACAAAGUUCAACUCAUUUGACUAAACCCUGCUGCACUGCCGUAUUUUGCCGAUAAUACGUCUUGAAGACAGCAGCGUGUCUUUCAGUUAUGCAACUUCUAGCUAUUUACCAAAAAUUUACUGAAGCAGUUAAGCAAAUUACCUAGAGCAGAUUUUUUAUCGUACAACAUCCACCGUUUUGUGUGCCCUGCAGUAGAGAUGGUAAUUUACUGGAUGCAUAAGGUAAAGCUAAAUGUGAACAGAUGGACACAUACGUAUUUUACCUGUGUAUUUCAUACUGAAUCUGAGGGAUUUUAUCAGAUGCCGAUUACACGAUGUGUUGUGUGCCUCCGUUGUCCGCGAACCUUCUUGUGCAAGCAGCUGUGGUAAAUUUCAGUUUUUGAUUCCCCAAAGACCUGUGAAUUCAUGUUCUUGAUAUUUACACAUCAAGAUAUUGCACAUAUCUCACAAAGAGAACAGUCUAUGCCCGUUUUCAUUUCCAGAAACGUUUCUAAUCAAUUUGCUUAGAAUUGAUCUAAUCGAUCUGCUUCGGGUCAGACAAGGUGUCGUACUGAAUACCGAACACUUGUUAGCUGUUUGUUGAUUGUUUCAUAUUUGUAAGGAACCUUCUGAUGUUUCAGUUUUAUAUAUUUAUACCUCUUUCUGUUGCAUUAUGUACUUUUAUUUGGAAACUAAAUUAAAAAUUGUCUUUUUUGAGCAUAAAUUACUGGAUUAUUGCUUUAAGUAAAAAUGAGUCAAGGUGAGGUAUGGCACAGAAUUGCUGAUGUGUCAUUAAGGGCUGUAAAUGCUGUACAGGAGGACUGAUACAUACUGCAUAAGUAAUUUAAAUGAACACAGUUUUUUGAGAAGUUCAAUCCAAAUGUCCAGACUUUUAUGUUAGACGUAUUGCCAAUGUGCCUUCUAAACAGCCACGCAAAUGGUAAUUUUGUAAAACUGCAUCAAAUCGAAUUGAGUUUGUCCAAUGCAUGGUGACAGUAAACUGUCACUUAAUUUUCUUAAUGUAUACCUGUGUCACCGAUGAGUGUAGAACAGACAAAGCCAAAACUGAGGACAGUUGAUAAUUCCAUUGUUAUUCAUCCCCAGUGCCUUAAUUUUACAUUAAACUGUUGACUUUCCUAAAAUAACCUAGAAUUUCUGUCUUGGUGUGGUAUCGUUUUUCUGGGAAACAGCUCUGCUGCAAAGAAAACAAAAACUCAUCCAGUUGUACAAACUGUUUUGUCCUAUGAAGCAGUGGUCCCAGGGUGACACAGAAAUCAUGAGCACUUGCAUACUAAUCGUUCUGCCUUGCGGAAGUGCAAUGCGGAAGAAGCCUUGAAGUAGCCUUGUAGGCUCACUUCCAGCAGAAAGCGGCAGAUGGGGCAUAUUAUCAGACAUGAACAUUGAUAUUUGAUUUUUUGCCUGAGUUGUCAGAUGAAAUUUGUGUAUUUACUGCUAUUUAUUAUGAAUAAUAAUCAAGCGACAAACAUCAUAGCCAGGUCAGAGAUAAAGGAAAUCCUGACAGCUCAACUACUAAACCAUGAUACCGUACCAUAACUGGAGAAAUACUUGAACCGGACCAUGUUUGUUUGUUAUUAAUUUCGGAAAUUCAGAGUUAACAGUCUAUAUUUUGUGUGACAGAAGAAAGAGGUAUGCUGAAUUCUGGUAUCUGUGUUUUAUAUACUGUGAAAAUUGUGACACCCAAAUUUAUGUGGGUUGUAUGUUAAUUUUUUGGAAAUUUUAAG